CAUUCCAGGAGGGAGGGGGAGGGGGAAAGCCACUUCACAGGUAUUCCAAAGAGGGAGAGGAGGUGUAACAGACCUUUCGAACAUACAGGUUAUACAGAGCAUACAGAUCACUGCUGCUCCUACAACACAUGCUACUAAGCUGGUCUGAGAUCCCACCCCUCCAACAGGGGCACUGGCAGGAGCAGUGCUUGCAAACCCCACCCAGGGAUUUCACCUCAUUGCAAGUUCAUCCCACCCUCAGCUGAGAACCAGCACAGCCUGGAAAAGUUUCCUCCAGCCUUCAUACCCUUUGGAGGUCUUUGAACUGCCCACGAAGAGGCAACAAUGAAUCUCUGCUUCAAAAGGCUGGAUUUGAGGUGGGUCAUUUGCAUUUCCUUCACCCCCUCCUCCAAGUAUUUCCUAGGAAAUACACUUUGCUCAUAUUGCCCCCCCGCCCAAGUCCUCUGAAGUCCCUAAUAUCUUCCAGAGAUUUCAUUAAUCAUGUCCUCUCGCCUAAAGAGGUUCCAUACUAUCCCACGCUAGCCCACGAACAUUUGCAUUUUCACGACAACGGACUCCCAGAAUCCUUAACCUUCAUUCCAUAAGGUUCAACGUGAUUCCAUAAGGUUCAGCCAGGAUACUACUAUAUCUGUCCCAACUACUUAUUACCUGUAGGAUCUGAGCACCUCACAAUCCGCGUGACACUCAACUUGGAGAUGUUUCCGAGUUUCUAAAAUAAUGAACCACCCUGGCAUGUCGAACAGCUGGCUCAGGCUAGCAGGGCUCAAGCUGGACCCUAAGUUCUGGGACCCUCCUGCUUGCAGGGUCUCAGAGCUCAGGCCCCAGCCCAAACCUGAACGUCUACAUGGUAAUUUUAUAGGCUCGCAGUCCAAGCUCCAUGAACCUGAGUCAGCUGAUCCAGGUCAGCUGCGGCCUUGCUGCAGGUCUUUCAUCACAGUGUAGACGUACCCUUUGUCCUGCUCUGCAAUCUGCCAGCCCCCCUCUCCCUCUCCAGGCCUAGAUGCCAAUUCUCUUUGCUGUCAUUUACGCCACUGCGUCAUUGGCGCAAACCAAAUCAGCAUUUGACAGCCAUUUUACCCUGGUGUAAAUGACCACGCACAGGAGAGGGCAGUGGGGAAUUUAGCCCCAGGUCUUUUCCUUUACAGGGUGCUUCAUUGCCCUAGUUUCAGCUGCCAACGUCACCAAAAAAUCACAAGUGCCCAGGAGGGCAGAAUGGAACUAUUAUUACACCCACAUUAACUCUCCCGUAUCCUUUGCUGGUUCUGCCCUGUGCUCCUCUGAGCCAUCAUGACACAGGUCAUGAGCUGAGGCUCUCCAUUUGCCAUGUCCAGCGGAAUCCCUGGCUGCUGAUCCUCCGCAAUCCUGUGCUGGCUAGUGAUCCAGCACCCUCCCCGCACCUUACAAAGGAAAAGGGCCAACCUCCGCCCCAAGCACCAGUCUCUCGGGCACCUGACAAGUCCCAGAAGCAUCGUGCGGAUGGGCAGCAACCUAACCCCCCCAAGCACAGUGUGGAUUUCUUGGCGCACCAGGCAACGCUUCCCCAUGCUGGCUGCGCUCAUCAAAAUCUAAUUCGUCCUUCUAAGCCCCUUGGAGAGCAGCUGGGGAACAGAAGGCGUCAUGCUCCAGCGAGUAGGGCAAAGCAGCUGUCUCACCAUCAGCCUGCAGGGUUGCUUAGUGGGCAUCAAUCUUGCAUCACUUUGCUGGGGCCACGGUUGAGUAUGUGUGGGGGAUAAGUUUACAAUGUCACCUCCAGUCCCUCCUCCAUGGGUGUCUGCUUUCAGCGAGCGCGACCAGUGGCUGUCACCAGUGCUGAUGGACUAACACUUCACCGCAGCAGGGAUCCAGCAAACGUCUCAUGCUGGGCUCUUCUGGGAACACCCCGCUGCCAGGGCCUUUUCUCUCCUGCAUCCCUACAGGGUGGUUUUAUCAGAGCAGACAGAAAUCCCCACCUGUUAGCAUUCGUGCUCAGGAUCAGCAGUAGUUUUGGAGCAGGGGGAGAGCAAGAGCCGCGAAGAGAGCCCGGCCCAGUAAAGGAUUGGUUCCAUUUGUGCAUCCACUCCAUGUCCGGGAUGGCAGAGGUGGGGCGGAGAAAGACACCUGCCAUUGCUGCUCAUGAGAUCGGCCCCGGGCCGGGACAGUACCAUCUGCCUCCUACUGUCGGAUUUGUCAACCACGACUACUCCAAGUUAACCAGCCCAGAUUAUUCCUUUCACAGGAGACUCAAAAAUGGCAUGUACUUCAAAGAUUCAAGCCCAGGUCCCUGCUAUUACGUGGAUCCGCAACUCACUCGCUUUGGCAGGAGCGGAGGCCCAUCCUAUUCCAUGCUGGCAAGAUCAAAGACCUUGGCGCAGCCACGGACCCCUGGGCCAGGCAGGUACAGUCCAGAGAAGGCCCAACCUGUCACCCAGCACAGGCUGCCGUCUUUUAGCAUGGGAUCUCAUACCAAGUACCGGCGGCUGGAUCCCAUCCCUGCCCCGAACAGCUACACUCUCCCCUCACUGCUGGGCUCCCGGGUCCCCAGCAAACCGUCCAGCCCUAGUGUCACCAUCUCAGGACGGAACAAACACGGUGGCUUUUCUGAGGACUUGUCCCAAACCCCCGGCCCUGGCCAUUAUAACAGGACAGAUCCCAACACUUACUUGCACCGGGCACCUGCCUUCUCCAUUCAAGGGCGAUGCAGUGUGCCCGGGGCUGCCUUCCGGACACCGGGGCCUGGAACUCACAGCCCUGAAAAGGUGACCGUCCACAAGACAAGAGCUCCAGCCUACUCCCUGGGUGUCCGGCACUCCGAAUUUGUCACUCCUCUCAUCGUGGAUGUUUCCCAGUGACAGAGCAGUGGGGCGGCAAUUCCCUAGCAUCAAGUCACUGGCCUUGAUUUACCUUCCCUGCCUUGAUCUACUGGAUCGCCAGUGACUCAGACUGGAAGCUCUUUGCUUUGCUCCCAGCCCAUUCAUGCCACGCAGUCCUGGGAGAGCUUCCAAGCAGCAGAUGCGCCAGCACUUGAGACAUUUAAAACAGGGCCAGUCCAAACCUCUGCAGCGGGAGGAGUCUUCCUAGGGUUGCCAACCUUCCAGGACUGGCCUGGAAUCUCCAGGGAUUAAAGAUUAAUCUUGAAUUAAUGAUUAUGUCCUCAUGUAAUGAAAUCUCCAGGAAUACAUCCAACCAAACUUGGCAGCCCUAAGUUUUCCACCUCUGGCCUCUGUGACGCUUUGAUUCCUUAACAGCCUCCACAAAUUGGGUUCUGAUCUUCCCACUUGGAGACCCAAAGUUUCUCUAAUAAACAGCAGCAAAGAGUCCUGUGGCACCUUAUAGACUAACAGAU